AUGGGAGGACGAGCAGCAGCGAGCCAAGAUCCAGAAGUGAUUCAACAGCAACAAAUGAUCAAGCUGAUGGAAAAUACAAUGCAAUCGUGCCCCGCCAAAGCUGUCAUGGCAGGUGGAAUGGGCUUUGCCCUUGGCGGCGCCUUCGGCCUCUUCAUGAGCUCUAUGCGCUACGAUACACCUCUCUCCUCCGGCGCGCCAGGCGGAGUUGGCACGGGCAACAUUCCCUCGAUACCGAUAAAAGAACAACUCAAGACAGGAUUUAGAGACAUGGGAAGGCAGUCUCUGAGUUCCGCGAAGAAUUUCGGAUACAUUGGAGCACUUUUCGCAGGCACCGAAUGUUGUGUCGAGGGUUUCAGAGCUAAGAAUGACCUCUCGAAUCAGGUUGCUGCGGGUUGUUUUACAGGGGCAUUUUUGGCGAAGGGAGCGGGACCGCAGGCUAUGGCUGUGGGAUGCGCGGGCUUUGCUGCGUUCAGUGCGGCUAUC